CUUUCUUCUUCGUUUCGUUAGCCUGAUCCUGGUGAAGAGAAAAUGGUGGAUCUAUUGAACUCGGUGAUGAACCUGGUGGCACCACCGGCGACGAUGGUGGUGAUGGCCUUCGCAUGGCCAUUACUGUCUUUCAUUAGCUUCUCUGAACGGGUUUACAACUCUUAUUUCGCUACCGAAAACAUGGAAGAUAAAGUCGUUGUCAUCACCGGAGCUUCCUCAGCCAUUGGAGAGCAAAUAGCAUAUGAAUAUGCAAAGAGAGGAGCGAAUUUGGUGUUGGUGGCGAGGAGAGAGCAGAGACUAAGAAUUGUGAGCAAUAAGGCCAAAGAGAUUGGAGCCAACCACGUCAUCAUCAUCGCUGCUGAUGUCAUCAAAGAAGAUGAUUGCCGCCGUUUCAUCACCCAAGCCGUCAACUACUACGGCCGCGUGGAUCACCUAGUGAAUACAGCGAGUCUUGGACACACUUUUUACUUUGAGGAAGUGAGUGACACGACGGUGUUUCCGCAUUUGCUGGACAUAAACUUCUGGGGGAAUGUUUAUCCGACGUAUGUGGCGUUGCCAUACCUUCACCAGACGAAUGGCCGAAUAGUUGUGAAUGCAUCGGUUGAGAACUGGUUGCCUCUACCACGGAUGAGUCUUUAUUCUGCUGCAAAAGCAGCAUUAGUCAACUUCUAUGAGACGCUAAGAUUCGAGCUAAAUGGAGACGUUGGAAUAACUAUCGCAACUCAUGGAUGGAUCGGGAGUGAGAUGAGUAGAGGAAAGUUCAUGCUAGAAGAAGGUGCUGAGAUGCAAUGGAAAGAAGAAAGAGAAGUACCUGCAAACGGUGGACCGCUAGAGGAAUUUGCAAAGAUGAUUGUGGCGGGAGCUUGCAGGGGAGACGCAUAUGUGAAGUUUCCAAACUGGUACGAUGUGUUCCUCCUCUAUAGAGUCUUCACGCCGAAUGUGCUGAGAUGGACAUUCAAGUUGUUACUGUCUACCGAGGGUUCACGUAGAAGCUCCCUUGUUGGUGUCGGGUCGGGUAUGCAUGUGGAUGAAUCCUCUUCACAAAUGAAACUUAUGCUUGAAGGAGGCCCACCUCGGUUUCCCGCAAGCCCACCUAGAGUGAACUUGAGCUUUAGAACUUUCUCCGACUAAAUGAACGACAAAAAGAAAAGCAAUGUAAAGGACAUCGAGUAAAGAAUAAUGCCGGAU